AGAGUCAACCUUUUAUAUAUCUGUCGCGAUCCGGUCCAGUCUGGGCUAGCCACAGCAGCACGAUGGCACCACGCACGUCCACCAAAAGAGGCCACUCAGACUCAAUCUCGCUGCGCAGGAAUUAGUAGUCCAUCUACUCCUUGGCCAUUGGCCACACACAAACACAUGAUUUGCUUCCCACCCCGGGCCUUGCUUCCCUUCUACUCCCCUCCACCGCCGCUCUCCCUCUUGCUUGGCACCCAUGGCCGGGCCACCACCGUAACCACCUCCACACUACCGGCUCACUGGCAUGCAUGCAUCCAUCCAUCCAUCACUGCGUCACCAACCUCUCCAAAGCUUUUCUCGAUCGCUCAAGAACCCGUGCCAUGGUGCUCAGCCCGUGGGUGCGAAAAGAAACCACAAAAGAGUCGAACCUCAACACAAACAGUGCUACACCGACUAUAGUAACUUACUAAGCAUCAUUGAGCGAGCUUGCUAAUCAAAUCAGCAUGCGCGGAUCCAUAGUUGGUAGCUACCCACGGUGCAUGCAGUUUGGCCCAGAUAGAUGUGCAUGCAUGCCUGUCCGCCAGUAUCAAUCACGCCUUAAAUACGCUUCGCCAACCGGGCGCAACCACAACCACCUCUCUCUCUCUCUCUCCAGUGCACGCACGGUGACACGAUUAUUGCAGAGGAUGAGGAGCCUACUGCACUCCUCACUCGGAAUCCUGCUCCUCGUGCUGGCCACGUCGCCGGCGGCGGCGGCGCUGUCGCCCGACGGCCUCGCGCUGCUGGCGUUCAAGUCCGCGGUGACCGACGACCCGACGUCGGCGCUGGCGGCGUGGUCGGCCAACGACACCGACCCGUGCCGCUGGCCGGGGGUGGCCUGCGUCAACACCUCCUCCUCCGAGGCGCGCGUGGCGGGCGUCGCCGUCGCGGGGAAGAACCUCUCGGGCUCCCUCCCGCCCGAGCUCGGCUCGCUCGCGCUGCUCCGCCGGCUCAACCUCCACGGCAACCGGCUGUCCGGCGCCGUCCCGCCAGCGCUCUCCAACGCCACGUCCCUCCGCUCCGUCUUCCUCUACGACAACAACCUCACCGGCGGCUUCCCGGCCUCGCUCUGCGACCUCCCGCGCCUGCAGAACCUCGACCUCUCCAGGAACUCGCUCGCCGGCCCGCUCCCGCCGGCGCUCGGCCGCUGCAGGCAGCUGCAGCGGCUGCUGCUCUCCAACAAUGGGUUCUCCGGUCGCAUGCCGGCCGCCGCCUUGCCGCUGAUGGAAAGCCUGCAGCUGCUCGACCUGUCAUCGAAUUCCCUCACCGGCGCCAUCCCGCCUGAGCUCGGCAGGCUCCCCGCGCUGGCCGGCACGCUGAACAUCUCCCGCAACCACCUCUCCGGCGCGGUGCCGCCGGAGCUGGGGCACCUCCCGGCGACCGUCACCCUCGACCUCCGCUUCAACAACCUCUCCGGCGAGAUCCCGCAGUCCGGGUCCCUCGCCAGCCAGGGCCCCACGGCCUUCCUCAACAACCCCGGGCUCUGCGGUUUCCCGCUCCAGGUCCCCUGCCGCGCGGCCCCGCCGUCGGCAUCAACCACGCCGCCCCCGACCACCACUGGCUCCAGCGGCAGCGCCGGUGGGCCUAGCCAGCCGAUGAAGACCAGCCUCAUUGUGCUCAUCUCGGUCGCCGACGCGGCCGGCGUCGCCCUCAUCGGGGUCAUCGUGGUGUACAUAUACUGGAAGCUGCGCGACAGGCGCCGGGACGGCGACGACGACGACGAGGAGGAGGGGCGAGGUCUCUUCGCCUGCCCGUGCAUGCGCGCCAGCACGUGCGGGGACUCGUCCGAAGGGUCAGACGCCGGCGGCGGCGAGAAGAAAUGCGGCGGCGGGGGCGGGGGCGGGGGCGGUGCCGGAGGCGAGGACGGGGAGCUGGUGGCGAUCGACAAGGGGUUCCGGAUGGAGCUGGACGAGCUGCUGCGGUCGUCGGCGUACGUGCUCGGGAAGGGCGGGAAGGGGAUCGUGUACAAGGUGGUGGUGGGCAACGGGACGACGCCGGUGGCCGUGCGCCGGCUGGGCGGCGGCACGGCGGCCCCGGAGCGGUACAAGGAGUUCGCCGCCGAGGCGGGCGCCAUCGGGCGCGUGCGGCACGCCAACGUGGUGAGGCUGCGCGCCUACUACUGGUCGGCCGACGAGAAGCUCGUCGUCACCGACUUCAUCAACAACGGCAACCUCGCCACCGCACUGCGCGGGCGUUCCGGGCAGCCGAGCCUGUCGUGGUCGCUGCGGCUGCGUAUCGCCAAGGGCGCGGCGCGCGGGCUGGCGCACCUCCACGAGUGCAGCCCCCGGCGGUACGUCCACGGCGAGGUCAAGCCUUCCAACAUCCUCCUCGACGCCGACUACAACGCCCUCGUCUCCGACUUCGGCCUCGCCCGCCUCCUCACCAUCGCCGGCUGCGCCGACUCCGCGGGCGCCGGCGCCGGAGGCAUAAUGGGCGGCGCCCUCCCGUACGUCAAGCCCCCCGCGCCGGACCGCCCCAACGCGUACCGCGCCCCGGAGGCCCGCGUGCCGGGGUCUCGGCCUAGCCAGAAGUCCGACGUCUACUCCUUGGGCGUCCUCCUGCUGGAGCUGCUCACCGGGCGGUCGCCCGAGCAUGCGUCGCCGUCCGGCUCCUCGGCGUCGUUCUCGGGGCCUGCCGCCGAGGGGCAGCAGCAGGCGCCGGAGAUCGUGAGGUGGGUGCGGCAGCGGUUCGAGGACGCGCGGCCGCUGUCGGAGCUGGCCGACGAAGCCGUGCUGCGGGACGCCGGCGCGCGCAAGGAGGUGGUGACCGCGUUCCACGUCGCGCUAGGGUGCGUCGAGGCCGACCUGGAGCGGCGGCCGCGGAUGAAGGCCGUCUCCGACAGCCUCGACAAGAUUGGGUCGUGAGAGCAGCGCGCGCGCGCCUCGUUGCCUUACGAUUACGAUUGUCAGUUGUCAUAAUUGGUUAUCACCGGAGAAUGUUUCCUUUUUUUCCUUUGCACUUACUUCAAUUUUUCAUGUUAUUAUAUAUAUACUAGCAGUACAUUACUAUAUCAUUUUUAGGAACCUUCGUGUAUUUUUCGUUUCUUCUCUGAGCCUUCUCCGUUCUUCAAGUUUAUUUUGAAUGUUAGGAGAUGUACAGUGUUUUAUAAGAUAAUUUUAUUUUAAA